UGACAUUUGGAAGUAGAAAAGUAUUUGAAAGAAUCACAAUUGACCCAGGGCAUGACGAAUUCAUAAGUAAAAUUAACUAUUAACCUCACAAAUCCUUCCAAUUCGGGAAAGAAAAACUUGGGACAGAGUAAGAAAUGAAAGUGGGCUACAAUCCAAGAAAGCCAGCAUGUCAAAACCAUGUGUGUCUCCUCUCCAGUUGAAACAUGAAAUGGUGAUCCUUAACCCAUGCCUCCUUGCCUCGGUUUGCAAACCCUAAGCUAGCGUUAAAAUUAAAACUAAUAAUUAACAGCUGGAUUUCUUCGCCGAUCCGUCUCCUCCAUCCUUAAUCCCCUCGUGCGCCUUCGUUUUCGUACCUUUAUAUACCUCCCCCUCUUCUUUCUUUUAUUCUCACAUAAAAAAUAAAAAUAUUACAACUCCAAAAACACUACCAAGAUUCAGCACCGCUUGAAAAUGGUAGGCGUGUUCAAGCGAUCUCUUUCAUUUCCUAACAAAAUUCCUAGCCGUACUCUAUCAAAACCAACCAUCUCUUACCACAAUAGAUCCAUUAGUCUUCCAUGCAGAUCACAUCCCUUGAUUUCCCAGCUCAUGAACGAGAUCAAUGAGCUUAAAACUUGGUCAUCGAAGCUCGAAAACCGAACUUGUGUUUGGCUUUGUGAUGGCUUGGGUCGUCUUAAGGAUGUUCAAGAUUCUUUAGAUGAUAUCCUUCAGCUACCUCAAACACGAGAAUGUCUUCGUCGACAGCCUAAAUGGGUGGAGAAGCUUCUUGAAGACUUUCUUCGUUUUGUUGAUGUCUAUGGGAUCUUCCAAACAUUAGUUUUGGCUGUUAAAGAUGACCAGGUUGCUGCACAGGUUGCUAUAAGAAAGAGAGAUGACUCAAAGAUUGCUUUACACAUCAACUCUCGCAAGAAAAUGGCUAGAGAAAUGGCUAAACUUGUUUCCACAGUUCGAUGCAUCGCACGAAGCCCGUUUCCUGGAUUGGGUUCAGGCCCCUCUGUUGGUGAUGCUGAGUUGGUCCGUGUUAUUAUAGAUGUUAUCGAAGUUAGCGUGUUGGUUUCGUUUGCACUUUUUAAUGGAAUGUCGUUGUCUUUCGCGUCAAGAAAAUCAUCCUGGAUCAGACUAAGGUUGCCGAAGAAGGUUAAGAUUGAUGAAGGAAUUCAAGAAUUUCAGCAAAUUGGAGUUGAGAUUUUGUGGGGAUUGGGAAAGAAGGAAGAUGAAGAGGUGAGGAUGGUUUUGAAAAGGAUGCAAGAGUUGGAGGGGUGUAUUGGUGAUAUUGAAACUAGUGGUGAAAGAGUGUUUAGGAGUUUGAUUAACACUAGGGUUUCAUUACUCAAUAGUCUCACACAAUAGAGAGGAAAAAAGGAAGAUCACGUAAUUUAAUUUUUAUUUUAUUUCCCCUUUUUUCUUCAGUAAAAUCAAAUGAAAAUUGUCAAAUUUAGUGGUAAUACAUAUUUGUACA